AUGGACAUUGCAUGUUUGAUUGAUGUUAGACAACAUACUACGAGAUUGACCGAACAAUUACAAGAGAACCAUGAAUGUUUCCAGAAGAAAGUCAAGAAGACACAUGCCUUGGAGGAGAAGAUAAAGGAUUCAAUUGCAUCAUUGUCAGCUUGGGACAACAAGAUAUACAAUCUUCUUCAAAUUGGUAGUAACUCAGAUAUUGAGAUACAAAGAUUGGCAUUGGUACAAGAUAAUUACUGGAGACAUUUGAAGGGAGGAGAGUACAUGAAGAAUGAGUUGACAAACAAGAUCCAGAACAUUAGUGAGGACAAGGAACAAUUAAGACAAGAGUAUAUUCAAUCUGCUACAGAGUUCAAUAAGUGGCAAUUGGAAUAUGGCAAUAUACAUACUAUCAAGCAUGUGACAAUCAAAGAUGAAAUGGAGUUGGACCAUCUCAAGCUACAAUACUACCAGAACCUAUCAAUACAGAAUGAGAAGAGGUCCUCACAAGACAAGACCAAAAAAGUUGAAGAAGAUAUAUCAGAGUUGACUCAGAGCAUCAGAGAGAAGGAACUUACAAUCUCAAACUUGGAGAAUCAAAUUGAGGACAUGACAAAGGAGAUUGAUGAGUUGAAUUCCAAGAUCAAUCACAACACAAGGAAACAAGAUCUUAAUACUACUACCACAACAACAGGUGGUUCACUACCAAAGAAGAACACUCUCUUUGGAGGUGCUCAUCAUACUUUGUCAACUUCAAAGAAUCAAUCCCAUAGUGUUCCAAAGACUCAACAGAGCAACAAGUCAAGUGUACAAGGUAACUUCCUGUUGGGGACUCACAACCAUGGACCAUCGGUGACCACCAACAAUACCAACCUGAUCUCAAUCCCCUCCAAUGCACUCAGACCAAACAAUCUGAGUCUCAAACAGUCAAAGAAAUAG